CCUCUUGCUCCAGGCUUCGCCCUUGUGUCCCUGCAGUCUUAACUGUCCCCUAGCAUCCCGUCCGAGGUGGCAGGCGGGGAAGGAAGGGGUCAGUGUCUGGGUUGCGGACCUGCUCUUUCAGCCGCAGACCUGAGUUUCAGAGUCAUUAGUCGGUGGGGAAGACAUCUGCCCUCUUCUCAUUCAUUGCUAGGGGCCCCCCGUCUGAGACGCUGGACCUAGUCUCUUUGGGACCCCGGGAGGUGGGGGAGGGUGGGGAGCGGGUGUGGCCGCCAUGUUGGUGAAGGCGACUGUCUGCGCCCAGAGCUCAGACACGUUGGCUCUGCGGGCCUAAGCCCGCCAUAUUAAUAAAGAGACAGGGGAGUGGGCCCUCCCUCCCACCCCGGUACUGUGCACGCCCCUCUGCCCUCCCCGCGCUCUGCACCGAGCUGGCAGCGCCGGGUCGCCUGCCUCGUUUGUCUAGUGUUUGACAGAAGCUUGCUUAGCGGGCAGCGCCUCCGAAGUGGCGUAAGGUGGCGCCGAAUGAGGGGCCCGGGGAAAUGCCGACCAAUUGCGCCGCGGCGGGCUGUGCUGCUACCUACAACAAGCACAUUAACAUCAGCUUCCACAGGUUUCCUUUGGAUCCUAAAAGAAGAAAAGAAUGGGUUCGCCUGGUUAGGCGCAAAAAUUUUGUGCCAGGAAAACACACUUUUCUUUGCUCAAAACACUUUGAAGCCUCCUGUUUUGAUCUAACAGGACAAACCCGACGACUUAAAAUGGAUGCUGUUCCAACCAUUUUUGAUUUUUGUACCCAUAUAAAGUCUCUGAAACUCAAGUCAAGGAACCUUCUGAAGACAAACAACAGUUUUCCUCCAACCGGGCCAUGCAAUCUAAAGCUGAGCAGCAGUCAGCAAGUGCUGCUUGAACACAGUUAUGCCUUUAGGAACCCUAUGGAGGCGAAAAGAAGGAUAAUUAAACUAGAAAAGGAAAUAGCAAGCCUGAGAAGAAAAAUGAAAACUUGCCUGCAAAGAGAACGCAGAGCAACUCGAAGGUGGAUCAAAGCCACAUGCUUUGUGAAGAGCUUAGAAGCAAGUAACGUGCUACCUAAGGGCAUCUCAGAACAGAUUUUACCAACUGCCUUAAGCAAUCUUCCUCUGGAAGAUUUAAAAAUUCUUGAACAAGAUCAACAAGAUAAAACAGUACCCAUUCUCUAAACGUAAAAUGGAAGAGACUCUCUGCACUCAAGUUUUCCUCACACACAUCCCAGUGCCCAUCUCCUGCCGUCCCCCACCCACCACACUCUGGCAGUUACACUACAGUCAAGUCCUGCAGUUUUACUUGAAGUAGCAGUGUCAGUGUCACUCUCUGGAGACCCGAGGAAGUGGAAAAUCCAAUGACAAGCUUGAGAACGAGCAGAAGUGCCUUACAUGAGGAUCACGGACUUAGGAAACACUGCUAGCAGUGUUUCUGCUCUUGUUUUUUUAAGCUGCUGUCAAAUAGGAAUAACAAAUGAUAUGUUCAUAAAAGUAAAAGCAUUCCGCACCAAAGCUGGGGUAUUACAUUCUAAAGAACAUGUGAAGUAGGAGCUAACUGCAUUAAAUAUGAUCUUAAAGCUACUGCUGUAUUUUGUAUGAAUUAAAUUAUUGGGAUUGUGGUUGAAAAUUUUAUAGAAUAAAACCUCUGGGGUAUGGGGCAAGGUUUGUUUCUUGGUUUUGUUUUGUUUUUUGUCCUUUUUAGCCUUUUGUAUUUUAACCAGUAAAAGUAAACUUAUCAUGGCCUUUUUAAUAAGAACAUUGAAUUUAAAAGUAGGUUGUAAAAUAAUCUGAAAUAGUAUUUUGAAUGUGAAAUACCUUUGAGACUCCAAACUAGGUAAGGCCCCAAGCACCUCAGACUGGGAAAACCCGGUGAGUUAUAGUCAACGUCUAAGAAAAUAUACAGAAAAGAAUGCAGAAUUGGAAGUCUAGCUUUUACUGUAACAAAAAAAAAUAGACAAAUAUACAUUAUUUUUUCUCUUAUAUUUAAGAUUUUGAAUCUCCAUCUUCAUAAUUGAUAUGUUAAUAAACACUUUAGACCCAUUUGUUCCUCGUGUUGAUAGCAAAAUCUUUUUUUGGGGGGGUCCUCCCCCCACCCCCCAGACAGGGUUUCUCUGUGUAGUCGUGGCUGUCCUAGAAGUCACUCUGUAGACCAGGCUGGCCUCGAACUCAGAGAUCUGCCUGCCUCUGCCUCCUAAGUACUGAGAUUAAUGACUUGCACCACCAUUACCACUGCCCGACUUGACAGCAAAUUCUUAAGCUGAUGUUUCUUUUUUGUGACUGCCUCUGCCUCCCAAGUGCUGGGAUUAAAGGCAUGCGCCACCACCGCCUAUGACUACUUCUUAAUUACCUUUUUUAUGUCAAAAAUAGCUUUUUCCCUCCUUAAUAAAUCACAGAAUAAUUUAAUCCCAAUGAACUACAUAACUAUAUCGUGUCUCAGACCCAGGUCAGGCUGCUGCCUAUCAGUGUCUGAGGAUGGGAAAGCGUCUAAGAACGCGUCUGAGGAUCUAAGAACGUGUUUUAAGGUUGGGACGUUCAGCAUAAAGGGUGGGGUAUGGCAUCCAUGCCCUGUACCAGGUAGGGCCUGGGGGAGCUGAGAGGACCUGGAGCCCAGGUCCACUUUGGUACGCUAACUAUGCACCUUCGACACUUGUCCUGGGUGUGAAACCCAAUAGUGUCAAGUUAAAACAGGCUCUGUUUAUCUUACUCCAUCAGCUUGCUUUUUAACCCCUCCCCCCCCCUUUUUUUUUGGAAAAUUGAAACAACUUUAAUUCAUAAUGGAAAUAAAAUACAGUCCUCUAAAAUAAUGUGUGUCUCUGUGAUAAAGCUAUGCAAAUGCUGAUAUUUAUAAAAUAGAAAUAGCAAAAUCGCUCUUCUGGCACCACUUGCACCUUGAAAAGGCCUUGUGUCACUAAAAGUCUAAUAAGAGCCCUCCCUUCAAAAAGCUUUGGCUAAGUAAGUAAAAGAAGCGUGUUCACAUAAGUUAUUUAGUUCUUCUUCAAGUUUGUGAGCUUACCGUAUGAACGUAACAUGCCCGAUCACAAAUAACUGUAAACCUUUCCUACACAGAGAUGGAAUUUGGAUUCUCUGCCAUCUCGUAGGCUGUCCCUCUCCGUCCCACCCCGUAACCAGCACUGUCUCGUAAGGAUUGUCUUCCCUGCAAACAUAAGGGUGGGAAAUGGCUCUCUUAAGUUUUCAUGUGAUACCUGUAACCAAUACUCUAUAAACUCUUUUGUAGAUGUGAUCACCCUUGUUAGCUAUCUUAAGAAUUCCUUAAAUUUGUCGUCGUAUAUUUUUUCCUAAUACUGGUUCAUGUGUCUUUAUAUUAUCUCAAAUAUCCACAGCAAAUGCACUGAGUGUACCUACUCGAUCGCAGCCUAAAAUAAGCUAGGUAACUAAUCGUAUUAACAUAGCCUAUGCUCUCGAAACGUAAACUUUCAUAUGGUUUACCACGUCCCCCAAGCCCCAACCACUAAGUCAUGUGGUCUGCCUGGGGUUAGUAUCUUGAUAUCUUGAUACAUUUUUUUAAAAUCAUAAAUGUACAACAUUGUAAAAUACAAGGCACUUUUGGCAAAGUUGCAUAGUCUUCAUUCAUUAUUAUCAGCCUUUAGUUUCUUUGGGCUGUGUUGUUUGUAUGCUGGAGAUUGGACCCGGGGCUUCGUGCAUGCAUGUAUACGCUCCCGCGGAGCCACAUCCCCAGUCUCCUUCAUUCACUAUUUGUGGAGACCAUUGAAUAAACCCUCCUCUCAGUAAAUGUAAUUCUCUGCCUGUUUUCUUCAUGUUAUUUUCCCAAUAGCAAGCUGCCAAGCCUCUUUACAUGACUGUAUUAACACCUCUGUCUGCCUUUAAAAUGGCUUCCUAGCUAACACACAUCGGUCACGUUAGCCGCGAGGGAGAAGGAAGUGAAGGUGGGGAAGCGGGAGUUCCAGGCUUUUAAAAACAUUCAAGGAGCUUGAAUGUUCCAUCCUACCAUCCUGCCUUCAGUGUGCUGAUAGAUUUAUUUAGUUGACUGUAAACCAGAAAACUGAUGGAGUGAGGCCUGAUGAAGCCAACGGACAAACGUCUCUAAUACCUGUGCUUUGGAGGAAUACUGGGAGGGCCCAAAACUCAAAUAGCCAGCUUAGGCUAUUUGAGACCUUGUUUGGAAAAUAAACAAACCUGUCAGAAUUACAACAGUAAUAUCUGAGUCAGACCUCACAGAUCUUCUAUCUGUCCAGUGUGACUACACGCUACUAACAUUCACAAAGCAAAACGAAAAAACCAAAAUGCAGCUGAAGGUUAGGAAUUUGAUAUAAAGACAAACACUAGGCUGGGAGAUGUGUCCUGUUCAGCAUGCAUCAAGCCCAAGGUUCAAACUCCAACACCCAAAAGGGGUUAAAUACAACACUGGCUGCCCUUCGGUUGCUGCAAGCCUCCCAAAAGAACGGUGCUUAUUAGAAUAUGAGAUGCAUUCUAUGAACGAAAUAGGUGUAAGAUGCUUCGGUACACGCGGUUGAGUUGAAACUCAUGGAAAGCGUAGAAACUUUAGACUUAUUUACAACCAAGUGACUUCCUUUUGAAAUCAAACGGAAUUUUCUUAGAAUGGCUGGUGAGAGGUGGGCAGAGCUCUAGGGUUUGGCCUGAGUUCAGUGUUACUGGGUCAGAACCCUUAAAAAAAAAAAA